CGAGUUCUGCGGAUGCUCGCUCAAGUUCUUUCCACUUUCGACGGGUAGGUUUUUGCAGACGGAAGGUGAAAAGAUUUUCUCUGCAUACGAAUUGCGAAUUUGAGACAUUUAUAAUUGCGUGUGUGCUACCGACCAACAAUCCACAGACAUAGCUACAAUUUUUUUUGGCUAAUUGGGUGGCAAUUGCCGAAUACUGCCAGCAAAAAACGGAAGCCAUUAAAAGCGUCUUCUAAUUUUUGAAACUGGAACUGGAAUGUAAUUGCGUGCUUGUCAACGUCGAAAGAAGGCAGUGGAAAUAAAAAGAAAAAAAAAAGAAAGAAAAAAGUUGAUACCGCUGCAGCGCAGCAGCAACCAACCAACCAAUACUCGUUGUUGGCAAACUUUUAUAUACAUAAAUACAUACAAGUUUUGUGAAUUUUGUGGAAAAUUAAGAAAAUAUCAUUAUGAGUGGUGGAGGAUUGCCGGAGUUGGGCUCCAAAAUAAGCCUAAUAUCAAAGGCGGAUAUACGGUAUGAGGGACGUUUGUAUACGGUGGAUCCGCAAGAGUGCACCAUAGCGCUGUCCAGUGUGCGCUCCUUUGGAACGGAAGAUCGUGAGACGCAAUUUCAAAUAGCUCCACAGUCGCAAAUCUAUGACUACAUUUUGUUCCGUGGCUCCGAUAUCAAGGAUAUACGCGUGGUGAAUAAUCAUACGCUGCCGCAUCACAAUGAUCCGGCUAUUAUGCAGGCCCAGUUGCAGAAUGGACCACCUCAGGUUAUGCCGCCGCAACAUUUUCCCAUGCCAAAUCAACAGCAACAACAACAACAACAACAGCAGCAGCAACAACCACCACCAUCCAUGGGCGGAGGCGGUGGCGGUGGAGGAGUUCCUCCAUACGGCAACGGUAAUCCGUUUGGUAACUUAGCCGCCGCCCCUGGAUUGGCUGGCUCAUUGGCUCCCGGUGCUCCACAACAAGCACCCGUCGGCAGUGGUGGACCCUUUAUGCAUCUUGGUGGAGGUAAUCAACAACAACAGCAGCAAAAGCCACCCCAGCAGCAGCAACAGCAGAAACAACCGAUAUCUGUUUUAGAUAUGCUUGCCGGCGCCUCGCGAUCCACGACGCCCAUCAGUCUGAUUGUGAGUCCCACAGCUGAGCUCAAUCAGCAACAGCAGCAACAACAACAACAUGGCAAUGCGCGCGAUGCAGGACAUAAGCGCCAGAACCAUCAGCAGCAACAACAACAACGUGGCGGCGGGGGACCCAACAACAACAAUAUGCAACAACAACAACGCGGCGGUAACAACAGCAACGACUUUUACAAUCAGCAACAUCAGCAACGCGAUCGUCGUGAUUCAGGCCGUCAAAUGGAUAAUAAUUAUGGCCAAAAUAAUAACUACAACAAUGGCAAUCAGCGCCAACGUGGUGGAAUGCAACAGCAACAGCAGCAGCAACAACAACAACAACAACGUGGUGGAAAUGGCAACGGAGGUGGUAACAAUGGCGGUGGAGGCGGCUGGCAUAUGCAACGCGGUGGAUCACAAAAUGCCAACAAUAUGAUGAUGCGUAAUCGUGGCAUGCCCGGACGUGGACCCAUGCGACCCAAUCAGGGCUAUCGUCCGCAGUCGGCGAAUCAAAAUAAGCCACGAAACAAAAUCAAGUUUGAAGGAGAUUUUGAUUUCGAACAGGCCAACAAUAAAUUUGAGGAAUUGCGCUCUCAAUUGGCCAAGCUUAAAGUUGGUGAUGAAGCUUGCACUAAGACAUCAGCAACAGCAACAACACCAGGAGCCACACCAGGUGUGGCAGGAACAGGAGCAUCUGCAACCGGUGCAGGAACAACAACUACAGUUACCACUGAGCAGUUGAAUGGCGAGACAGACAAAAAAGAUGACUCUGGCAACGAGACCGGAGCCGGUGAGCAUGAGCCCGAAGAUGAAGAUGUGCAUGUGGGCUAUGAUAAGACCAAAUCAUUCUUUGAUAACAUCUCAUGCGAGGCAGCUCAGGAUCGCAGCAAGAAUAAGAAGAAUGAUUGGCGUCAGGAACGUAAAUUGAAUACUGAAACCUUUGGCGUUUCCUCGACACGUCGUGGAAGUUUCGCCUAUAGCUAUCGUGGACGUAAUCAUUAUUAUAACAAUAAUGGCAACGCCAUGGGUGGCAACGGAGGAGCCGGUGGCAAUGGUGGUGGCUAUGCUGGUGGUGCUCCAGGCUACAAUCGCAACAAUUAUCGCAUCGGCGGUGGCAAUUAUCGCAAUCGCAGCAACAAUCGUCAGCAUAACAACAACAACAAUGGACGUCCGAAUAAUAUUACCAAUGGCAAUGGAGGAGGAGCAAACACUGCAGCAGCACUUAAGGCAGCCGCCAACAAUACGGAAGUAGCAGCAGCCACAACAGCGGCCACCACCACUACCACCACCAACAACACAACGACAAAAUCAUCGGCCACAACUAUAUUGCCCGAGCAGCAGCAGACGCAACAAGCGGUGGCAGUUUCUCAAUAAUGUCGCAGGCAACAGCAGCAGUGGAUCGCCACUUUAAAUAAUCAGAAGAAAACCAGAUGGAGAAUUAUCAACAAUAAGAACAACAACAACAACAACAAUCGGAAAACGCAGCUCUCAUCCUCCUACUCAUCAACGUCAAGAAGAAGGCAAUGCUAAAAAUGGGGCAAAAGCACAACAACAAUCAACAGGCCGACCGACCGACCGACCGUCAGGAACUUCGAGUUAUAUGGAUCUAACAAAAAAAAAAAAACAAAAAAAAAAUAACAAAAAAAAAACGAAAAAGAAAGAAAAAACUAAAUGAAGAAAGAGAAGAAAAGAAUAAUAAGGAAAACGCAAAAAGAAAUUGAAAAUAAUGGCAUAAAUUGUAUAAUUUUUACUUAGUGUUGUAACACGCUCAUGACGUCCUGUGCGCGGGCCCAAAAAACCGUGUUGCUUUGUGUGAUUGAUUUAUCAGCGCACGGCCAUAUUUCCCCCUGCCCCGCCCAGCCCCCUCAAUUGUUAGAUUUUUAUGUGUAAAAAAAAACAAGGAAACAAAAAAAUAAAGAUAAAAAAUAAUAAAGGAAAUGGCCAGAACAGAGCAGAAAGAUAACAAACAUACGAUCGGACAGAAGGACACGCGUUAAAUUGAGAAGAAUAUGCACACACACUGACACUUACACACACACACAACAAACAAUACACCUCUACUUGCAUACAUAUAUAUAUAUAUAUAUAUUUAGGAAUAAAAAUGUGAAGAGAAAAUAUUAACUAUAAGUCUUUAUGAAGAGCGAUAGUGAGAGAGAGAGAGAGAGAGAUAGAGAAAGUGAGAGUUAUACAUAUAUAUUAAAGAAGAAAACAAAGAGAUAUAACGGAAAAGGAAAAUAAUAUAUAGCCCUCUCACCACCAAUCCCUGCCAACUUUCCCUUAGCCCCUACCCCCUCGCCCAAACGCAACACUCGAGAGGAUUACGUUUAAAUUAAAUCAGAAGAAUUAAAAAAUGGAUAUCAUCUCCCCCACCCCUCCAAAAAGUCACCCACCACACCACCCCCUCUAUUAAAAAUAAUAAAACUAAAUCCUAA